AUGGAUUCAAUAACGACAGAAGUUAUUCAUCAUACUUUUCAUCAACCACUGGUUACAAAUUACAGCUUAGAUGCGAUUUUAGCUUAUCAUCGGAGUAUUAAAGGUUUAAACUCUAAGGCUGUUUGGAAUAGCAAUCACCAUACUACAUCACCACCUAUAUCUUAUACAGAUUCAAGCUUAAAAUAUUCGAAUAGCCUCGAUAAAAAUGUUAGUAGUAUUCAACAGCAAAAUACGAUUUCAUUUUAUUCACAAGAUAGUAGUGACGAGUUGGAAGGUAAUGAAAAUCAAAGUGAUCAUAAAAACCACAAAUCACCAUCAACAUCACCAUCGUCAUCAUCAUCAUCAAAUGAUUCUACUAAAAGUUUAGAAGACGAAGAUGAAACAAAUUCUAAUCAUUACCGUACACAUACGAAUUUAGAAAUUGCCGUGCUUCUUUCAUUAUUUCGACAUAGGCAUUUACUAUCAAAGUCAUGUAUCACAGAUCUUUGUCGUUUAUUGCGUUUACUUGGCGUAAAAGAUGUACCAGCUGAUUAUAGAGGUAUUUAUAAUUUGAUUAAUCCGUCUGGAAAUUCAAUAUUUACCCUAACAUUGGCUAUUGUAUGUCCCACAUGUAAUGAAGUUAGUACAAAUAUGGAUAAAUGUUCGGUUAAAAGUUGCAUUUCUCAUGUUGGAUAUGUUCGAGCACCAACGGUCAACUACACCUUUAAAGUUGUUAAACAAAUUAGAUCUAUUUUACAACGGGUACCGUUGAAAUAUUCAGUUGCAACUGGUGCUCAGGUUGCAGAUGUUGUCGAUAGUAUUGCUCAUGCGCGUAUUCAUGCAGUUAAUAAAAAACCAUUUAUUACUUUAAUGCUUAACUCUGACGGUGUGGUAAUUCGGAAGAUUUCUCGUUCACUAUGGAUAACUUCAUUCGUUAUUAAUGAAAUUCCACGAAAUAUUCGUUUUGAAUUACCGAAUUUGGUUAUUGGAAUGAUUUCGUAUGGUUCACAAAAACCAAAGCGAGCUGAAUUUGCACCACUGCUGGCUAGGCUAGUUGAUGAACUUAUUGAAUUAGAACAUGGGAUUGAUGUAUAUUUGCCAUCAUCGGUUGGUAUUGGUUUUUCAUCAAAUACCAUUACUCGUGUUGCUGUCUAUUUACUCGGAAUCGUAGCGGAUAAACCAGCACAAUCGAUGUUACAAAAUAUGACUGAUAGUGGAGGUUAUUAUGGAUGUGGCAAAUGUUUGGUUGUGGGUAAGAAAAUGAAAACAUAUUCAAUCAUUUAUUCUAUUUUGGAAAAAAAUUGUAAAUUUUGA